CGCCAUCUUGAAUCUGAGCGGAAGUGCAAGAAGCCGAAGCCACCUUUUUGUGUGUCUCAAGAACAAAGCCGAUCGACAAUCAUCGGUGCACCAUUGUUGAUAUAGCUUGACUUGGUGGCUAUCCAGGCUCGAAGAAACUCCAGCCGUAGUGUUGGGGUACAUUCGAGAGUCUUAUGUUCUAAGCCAAGACGUGGUUGAAGAAACACAUUGCCAAGAUAUGCUGAUGACAACCCCUCACGAAGACAAGGCACUUUCAAGUCCUUCCCUAAACUCUGUUGACCACGUUUCGACACAGGGCGAACGCUGUGUUGGAUGUGAAGCUCGGAUCUUAGAUCGGUACUUAGUGAAAGUUAGUGGCCGAGCAUGGCAUACCAAAUGUUUACGAUGCUGUGUAUGCGGAGAGGAAUUAGGAAGAGAAGCCACAUGCUAUACUAAAGAUAACAAGAUCUACUGUAAGGGGGACUAUGCCAGGCAAUUUGGAACCAAGUGUGCACGUUGUGGUCGAAGCAUCCAUGCAAACGAUUGGGUUCGUCGAGCGAAGAACUGCGUCUACCAUCUCGCCUGUUUCGCCUGUGAUAACUGUAAGCGUCAACUCUCCACUGGAGAAGAAUUUGCUCUCAAAGAUGACAACGUUCUGUGUAAGCUGCAUUACCUCGAAAGCCUGGAUGCCUCUCCAACAGAACGCGAUUAUCAAGAAGAGAGCACGACAGAAAAAAUAUGGCACUCCCUUGUAUUCCCCAAGUCAACGUGCCUCUGCUACAGCUAGUUAUUGAAGCGAAAACAAUAAUCAAAAUAUAAAGAUAUUGCUUUGAUAGGUCCAAUCAAAGUGUUGUUCUUUUCGGGGAAAGUGCUGUCGCAGCGCUAGGUGCCUUGGGAAACAUUCAACCCAAAGAAGAAUUUCGUUCACGUGAUAUCUCGCCACGAUAAAGUUCGUGUGUCUUCAAAACUGAAAUAUCGCCAAGAGAAACAGAAAAACAAAAUAUCCUGGUUGACACUAGCAAUGGAAUCAUAAGCACAAGCAACAAGAACUCGGCAUUUAAAGCAAUUUUCAAAAGUACGGUUUUAUCUCUGCCGUUAAUCAAAAUAGCAGACUGGCGGCAGUGAAAAACUAAAGUCCAACAGUCAACGCUCAACUACAGUCGCCUAGUAUUGAAAAUUGUUGUAAAUGGACAAGCUUUCAUCUAGGACCAUUAUUUUCUUUACGUCCCUGCGACCCUCGAACAAUAAGGUCUUGUCCGUGUUCGUUUAACAGGAGGCAUUCUGGUUUAGCUUACGUACAAUUACCACCAUGCAAGGCAUGAUGAACAAAAUUUGUUUGUAACGAUGCAAGACCACGAUAGUCACAAUCAAAGAAUAGUUCUGCGUAACUAUGUCGAUAAUCUUUUAAAAGGUUUUCGACGAAAAUACUCGGGCUUUUAAAAUAGAAAAUGAAAAAUUGGGAGUUACUAAGACCUACUCUUUCAUUCAUUAGUGGGGCUUGUCCAWUUUCUUAGAUGUACGGAUGUUGCUUGUGCUUAUGUUUGUAUUGCAAGUUUAAACCAGGCUAAGGGCUUGUAUAUUGUGAAAUUUACCUGUAAAUCAGAGUUUAUAAUGAAAAUUAUUGUAAGAUGCCGUAGCAUUAAAGGAUCGAGGAUAUUAUUAAAUAUAUAAUAAAUGAGUUCUUUGCCGCUGUAACAAUCAAA